UUUCCUAGAAUGUCAAAUUUUCCCGAGAAAACUUACACACUCAUUCACUCACUCAAUUUCCAGUACCUCUCCACACACAGAUCCGAAGGGUCAUCCCAAAAUUGACACUCUUCUCUUCUCUUUGCGUGGAUAUCGCAGGCAUUAGAUUCUUUUUCCGUUUUCGUGUUUCUAGCUCUUCUCUCCAUAGAAGAAGUAAAAGAGGUUUCUUUGCAUGACCCAGUUUUGUGCUUGCUUCUAUUCAACCAGCAAUGGGUGUCUUGUAGAUUCUUCAUCCUUGAUCUUAUUUUGAUCAACAAUUUCUCUCUCUCUCUCUCUCUCUCUCCCCCCCCCCCCCCCUUUAUUUUUUUUGGGAUUUUUGAGGUAUUGGGAGUCCAAAGCCUGAAUUUUUGAGUGAUUCAAUACGCCAUCGGAUUGAAGGAUCUGAAAUGAGAUCUUCGGAGUAGAAAAUUUUUAAAUUUAUUUUUUCAAAUUUUUUACAGCAAUUUAUGUAUUUGGUAGAGUGUUUUGCAAUUUAGCAAGGGACAAAAAGGUUGAGUUUGGGGUUUAUGUAUGUUUGAUUGGGUUUGUGGUGAUGGAUCCUGUUAUUGGUGGAAAAUUUAAGCUUGGGAGGAAGAUUGGUAGUGGAUCAUUUGGCGAGCUUUUUUUGGGGGUUAAUGUGCAGAGUGGAGAGGAAGUGGCUGUCAAGCUGGAAUCUGUGAAGACCAAGCAUCCUCAACUUCUAUAUGAGUCAAAAUUGUAUAUGCUUCUUCAAGGAGGAACCGGCAUACCUAAUUUAAAAUGGUCCGGAGUUGAGGGCGACUACAAUGUCAUGGUUAUUGACCUUCUUGGACCAAGUCUUGAGGACUUGUUUAACUAUUGCAAUAGAAAAUUCUCUUUGAAAACAGUUUUGAUGCUUGCAGAUCAGCUAAUUAACAGAGUUGAUUACAUGCAUUCCCGGGGCUUUCUGCAUCGUGAUAUAAAGCCUGACAAUUUUUUAAUGGGUUUAGGCCGCAAGGCAAAUCAGGUAUACAUAAUUGAUUAUGGCCUUGCAAAAAAGUAUCGCGAUCUUCAAACACAUAAGCAUAUACCAUACAGGGAAAACAAGAAUCUCACUGGAACUGCUCGGUAUGCAAGUGUUAACACUCACCUUGGAGUUGAACAAAGCAGAAGAGAUGAUCUUGAAUCACUUGGUUAUGUGCUAAUGUACUUUUUGAGAGGAAGUCUUCCUUGGCAGGGCUUGAAAGCUGGAACUAAAAAGCAGAAGUAUGACAAGAUAAGUGAGAAGAAGAUGCUUACUUCAAUAGAGGUCUUAUGCAAGUCACAUCCAUCAGAAUUCGCAUCUUACUUCCAAUAUUGCCGAUCAUUACAGUUUGAAGAUAAACCUAAUUAUUCAUAUCUUAAGAAACUCUUUCGAGACCUAUUCAUUAGAGAAGGUUGUCAGUUUGACUAUGUAUUUGAUUGGACUAUAUUGAAGUAUCCACAAAUUGGAUCCAGUUCUAGAGCUCGAGUGAGUUCGCAUUUUCGACAGCCAAGUGGGAAACCAGUCUUAAACCCAGGACAAUCUGGAGAGAGAUUAGAACGGCCGUCAGACAUUCGCGAUAGAUUAUCAGGUGCAGUGGAGGCAUUUUCAAGAAGGAAUAGCUCUGGGCAUGGUCUGCAUACUGAUCAUUCCAAGCAUAGGUCUUUAAAUGAUGUGCCAUCUUCAAAAGUUGUGGUUAGUCAACCUGAUUCUAAUAGGGCUCGUAGUUCUUCUCGCAAUGGCAGUGCCUCCAAAAGGCCUGUCAUAUCAAGCAGCAGACCAAGCACUUCUGCUGAACCUAGUGAAAGCCGUUCCAGUCGAUUGGUCUCAAGCAAUGGUCGUCUAUCUACUACUCAGAGGAUUCAAUCUGGUUUUGAGUCCAAAUCAUCAUUUACCCGUGGUGCAGGGACAAGAGGUGGUCGUGAUGAUGCACUCAGGAGCUUUGAGCUCUUGUCAAUUGGUACAGGGAAAAGGAAAUGAAGAUCCAUGUGGUCAGAAAAUUUCACGGGUUGCAUACCCUUCUACCUUCUUGAGACAGCCACACUUGAUUACACCGUAUAUUUCCACCGUGUUGGGUCCAUUCAAGGCUAAAAGCUUUGGCAGACUCUUUUUAUACCUCUUCAGAUGUUCUUCCAUGAUUAUUUUAGCAUGGACCCAUUCAUGAAGAGUCUCAAUCUUGUAAUAAAUAUAUUUUCCAUAUUUUUCUGUUGAAGAAAAGGAAAGAGAAACUGCAGAGUCUAAUAUGCUUUGCAAGUUUUCUACCUUUUCUGUGCAUAAUUGGGACCUGUCUUUUUUGUCACUAUGUAGUACACAGAGGAAAUGAAAUUGCUCUGAGCUAAUAGUAGGUGGCUCCUAAUAUGAAUUAGAGAAAAACAGGAGACUGCUGUGCAACAGUGCAAGUGGAAAUUAUGAAACUUUGGUGUAAUUUCAAAACUGUUUGGCGCAUGUCAGGGUUAAGGCUUUGGCAGGUAGCUAUGAAG